CCCCCUCGGAGGCCCCUCUCCGUCCACCUUGUCUGGGAAGAUCCUCUUGAUCUAGCUGUGAAACAUGAGCGGAAGCGCGGCCCUCGAAUCAGCAUCCAAGCUUGGCGACCUGCUUGCGCAGCUGCCUCUCAACCAGCCCAAUCAAUGGUCCGACAUUGAGCUCACCGCCCAGAGUCUCGCGAAUGAUCUGCGUAGCAAGAACGUUGAACAGCAGACUGCACUCGGACAGACCCUGUUGCCUCAGACUCUCACUUCGCUGCUGAAGGGCGCCAUCAACACGAAGGAUGCGGGCCCGGCAUGCAAGCCCGCCAUCUUUGAACUGCUGCGCGUAGCCGCAAACAUCUGCAUGGACCAUGACAACAACCGAGGCGUCUUGCUCGAUGCUGGGUUCCCGCAAACUGUCAUUAGCUUGCUGGAAAGCUAUGCUGAAACGGUCAAACCCGCUCAGCGCGAGGCACUCUCCAUAUCUAUACCCGAUCUCAAAGUUGUCAAGACCGCCAUCGGAUUCUUGCUAAAUGCUAGCGUAGGCUAUGAUGCUGUCAAGGACCGCUUGGUUGCUCUGGAGGCUGCCAUGACUAUUCUGAAGCUAUCUACGGCUAUAUACCCCCUUGGCUCGUGGCAGCUAGACUCGACACAAGAAAGCUCAGAGGAAUUCAACGAGGCUUGGUCUCUACGGAGCACUCUGGCCUCUUGGUCAUGGCGAGCUAUAGAGGAAAUCACUGGCGACGAGGACAACCAGCAACCUCGGCUAGUAUUUGGACCCGACGCCCUACCAUUGCUGGUCUCGCAGUUGCGCGCAUUCCUUCCACCGUACCCCGAGCUCCCCGCCAUAUUCUCUAGUCCAGCUUCUCGCCGCAGUCUCGUCCAGACUGACUUCGACAUCUACGAGCAGGUCUGCGGUCUGAUCGAGUCACUAUGUCUGGAUGUGGAAGACGUCCGGCUCUCUCUGGCGCGCGGUUUGACGUUCCCUGACGGAGAGCACGGUGGCGUUGCAUGUUUGUCAGAGCUCCUGACGUUCGUGGAAAAGGGCGACUAUCCGCCCCACUGGGCCUCGGAGUCGUCGGGUGAGCGCGCGAACAAGGAAAAGGGCUUUGACGUCGGCAAGGGCGCCCUCGUCAAGGCCAUCGUGGAGGUGGCUGGUGAGGAGAAGAACACCGACACGCUCUGGGACGACUCCGAGACAGACACGCCGGGUGGCGUGUUCGUCAGCAGGAUGGUGGAGUGGAUCCGCACGCACAAGAGCCUCAAGGAGGGCAACCGCGACGACCUGAUCAUUUGCGCCACCCUCAGCCUCGGAAACAUAUGCCGGCGAGACGCGCAUUCCACCGCGAUCGUGAAGCAGCCCAUUUCGCUCGCGCCCGACCUUGCGGCGCUGCUGGAGCCCGAAAUCGACGUCAAGGUGAAGCACGGCGUGAUCGGGCUGCUGAAGCACCUCGCACAGUCGCAGGGAAAUAGGGCCGCACUUGGGCAGGCGGCCAUCAUAGAGCGACUCGCGACGUCGCAAAUAUGGAGCGAGAGGGCAGACAUGGUGGAGAUCAUACAGGUUGCAGCCAUUGGCGUUGCGAAACACAUGUGCAACGGCGACAUCGACAACACGUUCUCGCUCGUCCUCCCGGCCGAGGAGAGCUCCCCAUUGAAUCAGAUACUGCAGCUCGUCAAUCGAUCGGACUCUAUUGCUGUCAAGAGCGAGGGCACGCGCGUGCUCGUGAACGCAGUCAAGUCCUUGUGGUCGACCGAUCCGAAGACGCUCGACGAGGGCAAAGUAAAGAAGCGAGAGGACGCUAUGAAGGCCAUCGUGACGGAGCCGUGCGUGUCCGCACUAGCGCGGUUGAUCGGCAGGAGCAAACGGUAUCCGACGCUCAUCAACGAGGGCGUGGUCGCGCUGUCCUUGGUCAGCACGCACCCGAAUGGAGGCACGCUCGUACUGGACUCUCUUCUCAACCCACUGCCGACCGAGGCGAUCCGGUCGACGUCCCAGCCGCUCUCCGCCGUCUCGGCCUCGGAGGGUUCGCCGGUAGUGGGGCCUCGGCGCGCGCUGGACAUGCUCACCAACCUGCUGCGCGACAGCAGCACCAAUGUGCCCGCAGAAGUGCGCUCGAACGUAUGCGCGCUGCUCGGGCAUCUGGGCCGGAAAGGCGUCGUCGCAGAAAGCAGGGCUACUGAUCUGCAGCGGAUGAAGGACGGCACCCGGGAGCUCCUUGAGGGCCUGGCCCAUGACAGCGAGGUGCCAGGCAACCCGAAGGUCGUUGCCGCGGCGAAGCGGGCGCUGGAGGCAUGGGCGUAGGUGCUGCUGUGCGUGUUCGGGAGAGCCUCGGACGUCGGUGUAGCGUGUUCGCAGAAAUCUGACAACUGUACUAGCAAUCUUGUAUCUCGGGUGUAUUUCUUGGAUCCUGUGGCUCGCUGUCGAAUGUAUGUGCUUGCUCUGCUA